AUGUCGAAACUAGUACACGACGCCAUUCAAAGCCUUUUCCCAGGAAAUUGCUUCGAAGAGCUGCUAAUCAACUUUAAUUUCUUCCACCCAACAUGCCCGAAAGCAGUUCUCAGUCGCGGACUUGGUUUCGCCAUUACAUUAGGGUCGAUUCUUCUUUUCGUUCCACAAAUUCUGAAGAUUCAGGCUGCUAAAAGUGCACAGGGAAUCUCAGUAUCAUCUCAACUCUUGGCUUUGAUUGGGGCCAUCGGAACAGCUUCCUACAGUUAUCGAUCUGGUUUCGUAUUCAGUGGAUGGGGAGACUCGUUCUUUGUCGCUGUUCAACUUGUCAUCAUCAUUCUUCAAAUCUUUUUGUUCUCCGGACAAACAGCUCUAUCAGUCGGUUUCUUGGGCGUCGUAUCUGCAGUUGCUUAUGGUGUCAUCAGCCACACUAUUCCUAUGCAUGUACUUACUAUGGUGCAAACAGCCGGGAUUCCAAUCGUUGUCGUUUCGAAGUUGCUUCAAAUUUCUCAAAACUACCAAGCACAAUCAACAGGGCAGCUCUCACUGAUCUCCGUUUUCCUUCAAUUCGCCGGAACGGUUGCCCGUGUUUUCACUUCUGUUCAAGACACCGGAGACUCACUUUUGAUCAUUUCCUACUCCACUGCCGCAGUUCUAAACGGUCUCAUUUUUGCACAAUUCUUCAUGUAUUGGUCCAGCUCGGAUGCAGCUUCGCGGAAGAAGAGAAACUAG